AUCUUUAUUUAAUUAUGCCCCCUCGGUUGCGUCUCCGACCGAGCCGUAUCCCAGUGAACCAUCACCGAACAAAACAAGAGGCGGUCCCUCGUGGUACUCCGAGGCCGAGAUCACUCUUGGGCUGGUUUGCACACGCUCAAAGCCGACGGCCAUAUAUGACUCAACUGUGCCUGACCCCGCUGAUAUUUUGUCUGGGAGACUUUUCCGCGCAACUGAUCGGAGACGACGACUUCGACCCCCAUCGCUCGCUGCGGAGUGUCAUCAUUGGUCUUGUCAUCGCGAUUCCCAGCCACGAAUGGUUCCUGUUCUUGGGGCGGCGGUUCAAUUACAGCAGCUCCCCGGCUCUGUCGCUGGGGGCCAAGGUGGCGGUCAACCAGGCCUUUUACACACGCCGCUAUUCAACGUCUAUUUCUUUGCGUUCCAUGGCCUCCUCGCCGGGGAGGGGCUUUGGGCUGCCGUUGACAGAGUGAGACAGACGGCGUCCAUCAGUAUUCCCCGCAGCUUUCUCUACUGGCCCUUGGUGAC